AUGCAAGAUCAUAUGGAAAUUCAUAUUGAUAAUGAAAUAAAAUUAAAACUUAAUGGUCUUCAUCAACAUUAUGUUAAAUUACAUAAAAAUCAAAAAAAUCAAAAAUUAAUUGAUUUACUUGGUAAAUUAGAAUUUAAUCAAGUAGCUAUUUUUGUUAAAUCAGUAUCACGUUGUACAACUUUAUGCAAAUUCUUAAUUGAACAAGGUUUUCCUGCUAUUGAAAUUCAUCGUGAAAUAUCAAAAGAAAAACAUUUGGUACGUUAUAAAGAAUUUAAAGAAUUUCAAAAACGUAUUCUUGUUGCGACAAAUUUAUUUGAACGUGUUAAUAUUGUAUUUAAUUAUCAUAUGCCAGAAGAUACAGAUACAUAUCUUCAUCGAGUUGCUUGUGCUGGUCGAUUUGGUACAAAAGGUUUAGCAAUAACAUAUGUUGUUAAUGAAAGUGAUGUAGCAAUUCCUAAUAAAAUUCAAAGUCGUUUUGAAGUAGAAAUUACUGAAAUGCCCAAUGAAAUCGAUGCAGACACAUACAUCGAAAAUCGUUAA